AUGCCUUUAAAAAUUUUUAAUAAAAAAGGUGGUAAUAAUCAAUACACAGUUAAAUUAAAAAUUGAUUUAAUUUCAAAUGUAUCCUAUGCAUAUCCAAAAGAUACAGAAUUUGAAAUUGAAUGGAAACGUGGUGUACAUAGAGGUGUUUUACCAAAUGUGUAUAUGCAGAGCGAUGGCGAUAUUAAACCAUCAACUCAGUUUUUAAUACCAUGUCAAUUUUUAAAACAAAAAUCAGAUCAAGGUGGUGAAGAAUUUGCUCCAAAAAGUUUAAUUGUUAAUUUAAGAAAAGUUGAAUCAAAAAAGAAAACAACUAAAAUUGCAACUCUUCAAAUUGAUUUAUCGCAUAUGGCAAAUAAACUAGAAUCAGAUAAAGAAAAACAAUAUUCAUCAACAAUGAAAGGAAUAAUUGAUCAAGAAUUUAAACCAUAUAUUGAAUUUACUACUUCAGUUUAUAAAGGAUUAUUAAGUCCAGAAGAUUUCAAUGACAAAAGUGUUUUUAUUGCGCCAAUUAAUGUUUCACCACCAAUUGAUGAUACUUCAAUUAGUCAUUCAUUAUAUUCUGAUGGUAGAAGAAAUUCUGUCUCAAGUGUUUCAAGUGAACUUUCAGAGUAUUCAAAUAUUCAAGAAACGUCCUCGUCCAUUGGUUUUGGUAAUAAUAAUAAUGGUAAUAAAAAAGAUCAUAAAAGAAGUAAUAGUAAUGGUAGUAAUAACAGUAGAGGAAGUAAUAGUAGUAAAGGUAGUAAUGGUAGUAAUGGUAUUAAUGGUGGAAAUCAAAAAAAGAUAUCACCCACUUCUCGUCACCAAAGGUCAACAAGUGAUCCAUUUGAAUUUAAUUUUGAAUCAACUACACCAGUUACAUUUUCAAGGAAAAGUUUAAGAAAUUCUACGACACUAGACGACGAUCCAUUAAAUAGCCCAUCCGAUCAACCAAUCUUUUCAUCAGAUGAAGAAGUUAAAGAAAGUAAUAAUCUAAAUAACAAUAAUAUUUCACCAACAAAUUAUUCAAAUCGCUCAAUAUCACCAACAAAUUCAACUCAAUCAUUAGAAACAUUUGAUAAAGAUAUUGAAAAUCAACCAACAUUAGCAGAAACACCAACAAAGAGUAAAAAGAAAAUGUUUUCAUUCUCUAGUAAAAAGAAAUCAAAAGCUUCACCUGAAAGCAAUCAAAGAAAAAAUAGUAAACCUGAAAAUUUAAAUGUUUCAAAGAUUAAAGGUGAUGAAAUUAGUACUGAAGAAUUCUCAUCUGGUAGCGAAAGUGGUGGUUCACCAAAACCUGGUAAAUGGAAAAGAAGACAUUCAACACCAAAUGUUGGUUUCUUUUCAAUUAAAUCAUUCAAAGAUAAAGAAAAACAAAAAGAAAAAGAAAAGGAAAAAGAAAAAGAAAAAAAACUUCAAUCAGAUUUUUAUAAUACAAAUCAAACACUUGAUAAUUUAACAAUUAAUGAAACUAAUGAAAAUGAAUUUGAAGGUCACCAUAAUGGUCUUGAUAAUAAUAAUAAUAGUAAUAGUAAUAAUAAUAAUAAUAAUAAUAAUAAUAAUAGUAGUAUGAAUAAUGAAAAUUCAAGUAAAAAUAAUAAAAAAUCAAAGAAUAAAAAGCAAUCAUUUGAUUCAAAUUCAUCAACAUCACCAACAAAUAAACAAGAAAAAUCAAAAGAUAGAAAGAAUUCAAAAGAAAAGAAUUUUAUAAAUAAAUUAACGACUUCAUUAAAUCCAAAUAGUAGUAAUAAUAAUAAUAAUAAUAACAAUAUUAAUAAUAGUAAUGGUAGUGAUUCUAAAGAUACAUUACAAUCAUCAUUGGUUACAAGACAUUUAGAUGAAAAAUUAAAAUUCUUAAUAGAUGAUAUGAUUGUUUCCAAAAGACCAGAAUAUGUUGGCAACAUUCCAAUCUCUGCAAUUGCAAUUUAUAAAUGUAUUUUCGAAUGGAAAGAAUUAUCACCAAAUAAUAAUAAAUGUUUAACAGAAAUGAUUGAAACAUUUGAUUUAAUGAUAAAGAAAAAGAAUAUUGGUAAAGAAAAGUCAUUCUAUUGGUUAUCAAAUUCAUUUACAUUAGGUUUCCUACUUGAGAAAUCAUAUGAAAACCAAAAAAUAUCACGUUCAGAAUUUAACACAUCUCCAAGUAUUAAUUUCUCUCAUAAUACUGAAAGCCAAAAUCUAAAACUAUUGAUCAAUAUAGUUCAAGGAUAUCAAAGAUCAUUUUGGUCAUUAUAUUGGGAUAGUGUUAAAUUGGAACUAUCAAAGGUAAUGGAUAGAUUAACUGAACAAUUAAGAGUAAAGGAAUUUGAAACCACACCAAUCUUUUUAAAUUUCCUUUUAUCAACUUUAGAAUUUUUAGAGAAAAGGUUACCAUUUCAAUCAGUUUGGCCAAAUAUUUUUAAACAAAUCUUUUUCUAUGUCUCUGGUUAUUUAGUUAAUAAAUUUUUAACUGAUAAUUCUUUAGCAACUACAAACAAUGCUGUAAAUACAAAAUUAUUCAUUUCAUCUUUAUCUCAAUGGUUUCAAGAGAAUAAAGAAUUAAAUUAUUUUUAUUAUUUUAAAAUGGAAAUGAGCACACUUGUUCAAAUAUUAGAUGUAUUGGUAAUUGAUAAAGAUUCAUUAAAAGAUGAAUUAGUCAGAAAAGAGAUUUGCCCAUCAUUAACAACUACACAAUUAGCAAUUGUUUUAUGUAGAUUUAAUCCAGAAAAUUCAUCAGAAGAAGUUGAUCCAGCAGUAAUAAAAUAUUUACAAGACGAAGGAAUCAGAAAACAUGACAUUCAAAAUAUUACAACCAAUUUAGAUAAAAUCUAUGAAUUACCUGAUAAACCAGAACCUUCAAGAAGUAUCAUUGAUACAAAGAUACCAUUAAAUAUAUUCCCUCAAUCAAAUCAAAAACUCUUUAAAUUUUUAACAAAACCAACUACAAUUUAUUAA